CGUAUUUUAUCUUCCUCAGGAUUGCGCUGUGCCUCUCAGUUGUUGUUGUCACCCACUACAACCCUGCCAACACAGCGCCCUCUACAGCCAAUCGUACAGUGACACUUGGGGUUGGCAAUGAUAGUACGGCCAGCAAUGAUAGUGUAGGUGAUACCUUUCGUGAUGAUGGGAUGAAUGGAUGAUUGAUGACGGUACUGGCGAUGAUUAUGAUGAUGGUGUUGUUGACAGCGCGGGUAUGGUAUACACGCUCAUUGGUGAACGUCACUUAAACGAAAGCUUACAUGAAGAUGAUUACAGUGAUGAGUAUUACGACGAUGAUUAUUACGACGACUAUGAUGACUUAUAUUUCGACGAUGAAUAUUACGAUGAUGAUGAUGAUGAUGACGACAAUCCCGACGACGAGAAGACGCCUGAAAUAGCCGGCAACUACACGCUCGCCGACGACCCUUACUCCAUGAAUAUGCCAAAGGAGAUAGUCUUGUCAGACGAGGAGAUCAAUAAACUUAUGGAGAAAGGUAGUCCCAUCGCAGACGGAGCUGGUGAUGAUGAAGAUUAUUUUUACGAUAAUUAUUUUGAUGACGAUGAUUAUUUUGAUUAUGAUUAUGAAGACGAGGAGGACGAAGAGGAUGAUGAAAAAAACGAAAACAGGGAUAGCGACAGCGAGGCGAAGUUGGGAGGAGAACAGCAAACAGAAGGGAAAGAGGAAGCCAGCGAAGAGAACAAGAACGACUCCUUUCUCAGUUUCCACGACUACAACCUCACUUUCCACAAGAACAAUAUCACCUUUUUAGACUAUAUCAGUCUCUACAAUAUCAGUUUCGAGGACUACAACAUAAGCUUUGAGGAAUAUAACGUCAGUUCUGAAGAUUACCCCUUCGACUCGAACAUGACGCUCGUAGACUAUAUCCCUGAUCUCGAGGCCUAUCCUGAAUUCAACGUCACUCUCGAGGACUUCAACGCGACCUACGAGGAGUACGAGAACGGCACGAUCUUCGACGUUACCUUUGUCUCCAACGAGGUGCUCGACAACAUCACGAAGGUUCACAACGCAACAGACGAGGACGACGAAGUCAAGGAGGUGACGAUUUCCACCACUGACAGCAGCGACGACGCUGGCCGCCUGACGACGGAGUCUCCCGAGUCCCACGCCGAGCCCGAAAAUCUCAGAAUUGAGAGAGAUGUUGAUCUGGAUGAGUACAAGCGGGUCUACGACACUCUUAUCGCCUCCGGACUGCUAAGCAGAGAGGAAGAGGAAGAGGUACGGGCCCUGGAGCGAAUGCGAAGGUCGCUCGAGUCCCUUGGAGGCCUAGACGCCCUCAGGGGGAAUGAUGAACUGGCGCACCGCAUAGUAAAGCGGCAGCUGACUGGAAGCGAGGCCUGCGGCACCU